UACAGGUUGGUAAACUGUGCAUAAAUCACAAUGAAUCCCCCAUAAGGUUUGCGUAAAUAAUAUGUAACGGCCCGCUAACAGUUAAAGACUUUGUAGCGCUGUUUACAUGUGUAAAACCGUUAAGUAAUGUGUGUGUAUUGGCCUAGCUUCCCCGGUACGGCGCCAUUUUGGGGACAACGUGAUCUGACGCAGUAAGGAUACAAGUUUGUCAGUAUAUCUGAAGGCUCCCGCACACUGAGUAUUUACAUACAUGUAUAAUGAUUGUGAAUUUGUAAUAAAUAUGUACUUUGUAAGGGUUAUAAGUUAGUUACUGUUGGUAAAACAGUAAGGUUGUUUGUUACACUUAAAUAUGUUUCAGUAAUGCAUUUUAGUGACCUGCCAAAUGGCAGAAGCUAAAUAGUCAACAUGAGAGGUUAGAGGGGUCAUGAAAUACUACUUUUAAAUGAAAGUAAAAGAAGAGUAGUAUUAUAUACAGGUUAAUACUAUAUACAAAUGUAUUUAACGUAUUUGAUUGAAUGUGAAAUUCAAUUUGACAUGUGUUUAUCACAUAAAAGAGUAACAUACAGACAGAGUGAAGGUAUGUGAAUGGUUAUUGAGGAAUGUAAGUCGAAACUGAAAUGCAUAAGAUAAUGAAUAUGUUUAUAUGAUUUUGUGUAAUAAAACAACCUCAGGAGAAGUAAUCUGGAAGGAAACUGAACACAACGUGUCCUCAUUACUUCUGUCUCACCUGCACCAUACAGGUAUCAUCACUGUUACUGUGGUCCUCAUAUCGGGGACCCGUAACAGUUCUUGGGGGCUAGUCCGGGGUCGGUGCCACCUACUGGUCGGGAGCUGAUCCAUUAAUGACUUCUAGGACUAAUACCAGAGCUGAUGCGAGCAGAGAGCUGUAAGCUGGAGCAGACGUGGACCCGUUGCUGAACUGAGUGAUCCAUCGUGAGUGAAUUGGAAGAGCUGCUGUCAUGUCGGAGAGCCAAAGGAAAAGUCUGGUGUGGGACAUUAGAAGAAGCCUAAUCUCCUUGUCAGCGAAAUAACUCCUCCACAUUGCCAAGGAAGUGGGUCCAGUGUCAGGCCAGGAACCGUCUGAGCUCGAGGAGGGAGACGAUGAAGGCUGCUUCAACUACAUCACUUUAUUUAUGCACAGUAAGCACUUGCUUGAGUCAGAAGAUAGUGGGAUGGCUCACUUGUUGAUGUUGAAAGAUGCUAUUGAUGACAUUGUGAAAGACAGAGAAGUAAGUCUACCGGGUUUGCCACACUUAGAGAUCAACACAGGUAACAACACUAAGCAGAUAUCUGAAGCUGAGACAGAUCUCACCGCUUCUCCAGUCAGUUUUAAUGCUGUAGGUGAUAACACAAAUACUGGGUUACUGGAAAUGCUUAAUAGCUAUGAAGACCUGGGUAAAAGGUUAAGACAAAGCAUUAUGGCACCUACAACACAGACACUAGAACAACCCCCACUGUCACCAGCACACACUAGUAAGUCUCAUAACAUCCCACACUCACCAGCUCCGUCUGCUGCCCAGUCCGGCCCAGAGACAAUGAUCUCCUUAAGAGAGCUCUCCUACCUCCAGAGGAGGGAGUUUAAGGUGCAAGGGGGUCAAGUUGGUGAUCAUUCUUCGGACAUAAGCUAUAACCAUGUCUGUAAGCAAAUCGAGGAAGGAAUUAGAGAAGGUGUCCAUGACGGAGAUAUAGUUCGUGGUGUGCUCCGAAUCAUAAAACCUGGAAUUUUCAAAGACAUGCUAAUAAAUAAGGAUGACCUGACAGUGAUGGAGCUCAAAGGCUUUCUCCAGGCCCACUUAAGAGAGAAAAACAGUACGGAGUUAUUCCAAGAAUGAAUGUGUGCAAGACAGGAUGAUAAUGAAACACCACAACAGUUUCUCUACCGAGUGAUAGGGUUAAAGCAACGUGUCCUAUUCACCUCCAAACUGUCAGACGCAGGCAUUAAAUACAGUCCAGCUACUGUUCAAGAUGUGUUUCUACAUACGGUCUUGCAGGGACUUGGAUAUAAACACAAUGAUGUACGCAGAGAACUAAAGAAAGCCUCUUCUGUCAAGUGGUGAGGUGAGUGAUGAAACAAUAUUACGCCAUGUAAUGAGAAUCACCAGUGAGGAGAGUGAGAGACAGAAGAGGAUAGGUCCUUCUCGUCGGCAAGCAGCAACUAGUGCUCAUAGCGCACAACUUGAGCUUAACACAGUCCAAGAGUGUGGCAACAAACAAGAAAGCACAGCCCACAAAACAAAGACAGACCCAAUAAAAGAUUUUGCAGCCAAGGUAGAUGAGCUAACCAGCAUGGUUGAGGCUAUGAGACAACAAAAGCAGCCACAUCCGGCAGACAUGAUUAACCAUAACCAAUACUCUCAAAACAGAGUGAGAACCAGGAGAAAGAAACCCUUUGGUUGUUCAAGAUGUGUCGAACAAAACCGGCCAGAUUGUAACCACUGUUUCUAUUGUGGUGAUGGAGGACACAGGGCUGUGGGCUGUUUAAAGAGACAAGAGAGUCAGGGAAACUCAAGCCGGUCACUGCAGAGGGGUUGCCAGUGAUCGGAUCUACAAUACGACCCCAAGCUGAACAUUCUGGUGAGGCAAAAGCGCAAACCAGUUGUGAGGGCAAAACAGUUGAAGUAGCUGGUGCACAGAAUAGUUACCAGCAAGAUGAAUCCUCGACUCAGUUUUCUUUUGGUUCACCAGGGGUGAAACGUAGAACUGUUGCCAAGCUGAUAGGAAAAAAGUCGCUAAUACAGUGUAAUUUAAACGGAUUGGCAGUGACUGCAUUGCUUGACUCCGGUGCUCAAGUCAGUAUCAUAAGCCGCGCCUGGAAAGAACAAUAUCUGCCUAAUCUUGAUGUUCGACCAAUAUUGGAGAUUAUCGAGGAUCUGAACGAGCUAAAGGUGUAUGCAGUUAAUGGCUGGGUAGCCAUUAUGACCAACCUGCCAGGAAAUGAAGAACCCAGUCUUUCCAUCAGUGUUCCAUUCCUAGUCACAAGCUUGACCAUGGAGAGACCAUUGGUUGGUUUUAAUGUUUUGGAGGAAAUCAUUGAGGGACAGCCAGAACGAUUGAUAGGCACUCUGGUUAGACUGCUUCGUAAUGCCAUCAGUGUUCCGGUGGAGAAAGCCGAAGCAAUUGUGAGCUUUAUUCAGGCAGUUGAACCAAGUACAUCGCAGGUACGCCUAAGAACAGGUGUAAAUGACAUCGUCAUUCCGGCUGGUCAAGUCACCUGGGUGAGGUGUCGUGUUCCCCAAGCCCUGAACCCCUCUGAUCGUCUGGUGUUGUUUGAAGCUGAUGAAGACAGUCAUCAAUUAUCGCAGCUGGAUUUAGGGACAGGUUUGUUUGAGAUACAGAACCCUGCAAAGCCUUAUGUCACAAUUCCAGUAGGCAAUAACACCAAACAUGAUGUCAUCUUACCACGCAAGACAGCCCUGGGCGUAUUGCAGCACAUUGAAAGGUUUGUGGAUGCUGAAUCUCCUGACAAGACAACAUGUACUGCAACAGUCAAUGAGGUCUCAACUCAACUCCUUGAACCAAUCCAAAAAGCUGAGCCGACUCCACCUCUGUGGCACCCACCAGUGGACCUCAGUCACUUAGAGGAGGAACAACAAGAGAUUGCCAAGAGAAUGUUGUAUGAAGAAUCAAAGGCUUUUGCGAGGGACGGAAAUUACAUUGGCUGUAAAAUGGUGAUAAAUCUGAAGGACGAUAUUCCAGUGCAAAGGACGUAUACUUCCAUACCAAAGCCGCUUUUGAGGGAGGUCAAAGAAUAUAUUCAAGACCUACUGGUGAAGGGAUGGAUUGUUAAAUCCAAGUCUUCCUAUUCUGCCCCUGUUGUGUGCGUGCGGAAGAAAGAUGGCUCUUUGCGCCUUUGUAUAGACUAUCGCCUGCUCAAUCAGAAAACUGUACCAGACCGACACCCACUGCCUCGGAUACGGGACCUACUGGACACCUUGGGGGGAUACUCUUGGUUCAGCAUCCUUGACCAGGGUAAGGCAUACCACCAGGGUUUUGUGGCUGAAGAUUGUAGAGUUAUAUUUGUAUUUAUUCAUGUUAGCAAACUAUGGAUAAGCUUAAAAUGGGAAUAAUUUGGGUAAAACUGUGAGCUGGAUUUGGGGCCUGUUGACAUGUGUUUUUGAGGACAAAGGAAGAUGGGGGGGAAGGUGAGAGCAUGUCUUGAUUUGCAUUCACCUUAGAUCUUGCUACAGUGAUUGGGGAAACCUAAGAUUUGAGGUGUUAGUGAUAUUUGGGGCUGCCAAUCAAGGAGGUCCAAAUGGGAGGAUCUGAUAACUCCUCCCAUUGUUAAAGAGUAUAAACACAGACACACACGCGGUGUUCAGCCUCUUUCCUCUGGCUGGCUCACGUGCAGGUAAAUUCGGGAUCCCAAAGAUAAUUUGUAUUGAA